CCCUUCCAUCAUGGCGUUAUAACGAAGGAGCGGUGGAUCCUGGAAGCUUGUGGAAAGUCGCUCCCUGUACCACCAAACCAACACCGGACUGACUUAAAUCAAUCUAAAAGUAUUCACAACUGACUAAAGCAUUACACCGUGAAAAUUUAACCUUGGAGUCGUCGUAUUUAUCAACUUAAACGCUCAUAAAGUUUGUAGUAGUCAACCGCCCCGAAGGACCUUUCUACCGCCAUUUUCACGUAAAUUGAUUGUUGUCCCGUUGGAUUAAAGCGAAACUUAGAAACGAAAUCAASAAACAACGCCAAAGAGGAAGACAUUUUUAAAGAAAGAUUUAAAAGAGAAUYUAGCUGUAGAAGUUUAUAAAAAUCGAUAUCAAAUUGUGCAAUCCUCGUGUUCUGCAAACCCAACCUUAGACACGAUAUUCAAAGAUGACUUUAAAACAGYUAAAAGAAGACCGAUUAUUUUUAAAAGAAUACAAAACUGGAAGGAUCCUCGUGUCCUGGAAUCGUUUUGCAAGAUCGGUGAAAGAAUCGUUUGAAUUGUACACAGAAACAAAACAGGCUGAGUUUUAUUYRUGGGUUGAUAGUGUACCUUCCAAGUUGAAAAMGUUUCCUUUCAAGGAUGUAGGACUAGCCAUAGCACCUUUCCUGUCAUAUUUAAUUGUWUUUUCUAAUUAUCGUAUUCUACGGAGCAUUACUGGACUUGAUUCUGUGCUCAAACCAAACUGUAAUUUCCUUCCAUGGCUAGAGAUGUUGGUAUUUCACUGUUAUCCUCAUCAAAUAUUAUCUACAUUCUCAAAUCCURUAUUUGACUUUAUGGCAGCWGUUCCUUACCUCAUCCACUUCCCRUUACCAGCAUUCUUCUUAUUGUAUAAGUUUUUCUACACCAAGAGUGUCCACGGAGCUCUACCRUUCCUAUGGUUGGCAGGUUGGGUCAACUUGGUUGCUGUGUUAAUCCAGUUUUUCUUUCCUACAACACCCCCCUGGUUUGUUGACUCUGCCGUGUGGAGUGUUGAUGGACAACUUCUCAAAGCUGGGGCUAAUGAAGCAGGAUUUCAUCGUUUAGAUAGAGUUCUCGGCUUUCCGUUCUUUCAUGGUAUUUACUCUGCAUCUCCUGUCAARUAUGGUGCUUUUCCCUCUCUCCAYGUAGCAUGGCCUGCAAUGAUAUUAGUUUGUGGUCCAUGGAUAAGUGAAAAGUUUGCAUUAGGACAUGUUGCUUGGAUCACCUGGGCUGCKUUGUAUUCCAAUCAUCAUUAUGGUGUCGAUGCAAUUGCUGGCAUUGUCUURGUGUUUCUKGUAAACUUUAUGAUGAGGAAAGUUUGGAGUCCUUUUCAUGAAAGUGGGUUGUUAAAGUGGAACAGAUCCAAAGUGUUUGGAAGAUCAAAAUCAGAACCUUGCCUUCAUGUUUGAUUGGUUUAUUGACUGGACUAGACAAACAYGAUUUAAAAAUGAUAUAGAUACUCAAAAYGCACACACACACAUUAGAAUUUUUCAAAAUUGUAGAUUUUCCAAAAUUACAUGCUUGUAGCAUGCAUUUUUGGACAAUUAGCUAGGUAAAUGUAGUGAAAGAUACAAAUGGAAAUUAUGCUCUUUUCAGUUUUCUUUGCUUUUAAUUCCAUUUAUUCAAUGAGUGGUAUGUGAAUAUGCCAUUUUUAGUUUCUAUUUUAGAAACAAAUGAGGUUGUUUUGUACAAAUUUUGUCCUUGUACUGAUUAUUUUAUAAUAAACAAAGAAAAGAUGCUAUUAAAUAUCUUGUUUCUUA